AUGCCCGAAAAGGGUGUAUUGUUCAUGUACAAUUCUCUCAUAAGGGGUGACUCUAGUGCUGGGCUUUGUGACGAGGCUAUUGUGCUCUAUGUUCACAUGGUGCUUCAGGGUGUUUUGCUGGAUAAGUUUACAUUCCCGCUUGCACUGAGCGCGUACUCAAAGACUCUGGCUUUCUGUGAAGGGGUUCAGCUCCAUGGCUCGCUUGUGAAGAUGGGUUUCGAGCAAGAUGUAUUUAUUGGGAAUCCUUUGAUUCAUUUCUAUGCAGAAUGUGGGGACUUGGAUUAUGCCCACAAAGGUGUUUGAUGAAAUGCUUGAGAGAAACAUCGUGUCGUGGACUAGUUUGAUUUGUGGUUAUGGUAGAAGGAAUAUGCCCAAGGAGGCUGUUUCUUUGUUUUUGGAGAUGGUGGCUGCCGGUGUUAAGCCCAAUUCGGUGACUAUGGUGUGUGUCAUUUCUGCUUGUGCAAAGUUUAAGGAUGUUGCGUUGAGUGAGACAGUGUGUGCUUACAUUGGGGAGUCUGGACUCAAGACUAAUAUGCUUAUGGUGAAUUCACUUGUUGAUAUGUAUAUGAAAUGUGGAGCUACAGAUGCCGCAAAGCGGCUUUUUGAUGAAUGUGUGGAUAAAAACUUGGUUCUUUACAAUACCAUUUUGUCAAAUUAUGUGCGCCAGGGACUGGCUAGUGAAGCAGUGUCUGCCAUGGGUCAAAUGCUACAACAGGGCCUAAGACCCGACAAGGUUAACAUGUUAGCUGCAAUUUCAGCUUGCGCACAACCAAGUGAUUCUCUCUCAGAUGGAAUGAGAAUGACACAGUGGAGAGCAACCUAGAGUCCUGGGUUGCGGUGGCUUUUGAUUCACAUGGAAUUAUUAUAUGCAGAUGGAUUGGAAGGUUUAAUUGCCUUACCUUGAUUAAAUUGAAUUGGAAGGUUUAAUUGCCUCAAGUCAUAUUUCAUAGUUCAGGGUUGGAGCUGAUUUUCAAGUUUGCAGCUUUAUAAUCCCAAAAGCCAGAAGAGUUUUAGGGCUUGACACAGUCUAAAAACCAUGGGAGAACGUGUUUCAGUGUGUCUCAAACAAUAUAAGUAUAUUCUAAUUCCAAUUCCCUCAAGAA